GUUUCUACAGGACUCACACUGGAAAGAAACCAUAUGAGUGUCUAUUUUGUGGGAAAGUUUCAGUUGGAAUUCCCACCUUGUGGAACAUUAGGGAACUCAAAGAGGAGAGAAACUACUGUAUAGGAGUGUCCUAAUUGUGGGAAAGAUUUGUCUUGGAAAUCUGACCUGUUAAAAUACCAGAGGACUCGCAUAGGAGAGAAACCAUAUGAGUGCUCAGAUUAUGGAAAAAGUUUCAAGGGGAAUUCUGAUCUGGUGAUACAUCAAAGGACUAACACAGGUGAAAAAACAUACAAGUGUCUACAAUAUGGGGGAAAAAAAUCAUUCAAAAUUCCCACCUUGUGAGACAUCACAGGACUCACACAGGAGAGAAACCAUAUUGCAAAAGCUUUUGGGUAGAAAUGGAACUAGCGUGUUUUAAAGCCUUAUGUCACUAGAUGGCGCUCAAGAAAGAAGAAACACUCCAGACUAGAAAGCUGUGAAUACAGUACAGUAGUGGCAUUGCUACUGGCAGUCCACUGGAGGGGUAGAGCCUGAGGUGGAACGAGUUGAAACGAUAGAGUUUUGGAUUGCUAGGGGGGAAUUUUGCAGUAGGGCAGAGGAACUUCCUCUUCCGGGUCACCCACGAGAGGAAGAUGGCGUCGCUGGUUCCUCUUGUGCUGUUUCAAGGGGUCGAAGAGGCUCCUGGGAGGUUCUGUAGCCAUUUUUAAAACAAUGAAGCUAAUCCGUUAAUAUGAAUCUUAUAGAAAGGAGAUCAGAAGUAUUUCUCGCCCCCUCAUGAAUCCAAGAAUAUCAGUGUUUGAAAAAUGCCAAAGACAAGCUAUUGUGGGAAAAACACAGAUUGCAGAUGACAGUUCAUUUAUUCACAAGAGGAUCCAUCCCGUAAAAAAUGUAACAAAUGCCUAGAGACAGGUAAAAGCUUUACUCAGAAUAGGACUCCCAUGACUUGUGGAUUGGCCAAGGCAGGAAGAGCAGCUCUACCAGUGUUCUCAAUGUGGCAAAAGUUUUAGCAUACACACCAAUCUCGUGAAACACAAGGAUUCAUACUGGGGAGAUAAUGUAUCAGUGUGCAGAUUGUGGAAAAGGUUUCAAGGUGAAUUCUGACCUGGUGAUACACCAAAGGAUUCACACAGGUGAAAAACUGUAUGAGACUCUGCAGUGUGGGAAAAGAUGCAUUCAAAAUUCCCACCUUGUGCGACAUCACAGGACUCACAUAGAGAGAAACCAUGUAAGUGUCCAAACUCUGGGAAAAGUUUCAGUCAGAAGUAUGACAUAGUGAUACACCAGAGGACUCACACGCAAGAGAAACCGUAUGAGUGUUCUGAUUGUGGGAAAGAUUUCAGUUGCAAUUCUGACAUGGUGAAACAUCAGAGAACUCACACAGCAGAGAAACCAUAUAAAUGUCAUUGUGGGAAAAGUUUCAGUCAGAAUUCCUACCUGAUGAAACACCAGAAGAGUCACACAGGAGAGAAACCAUAUGACUGCCAAGAUUGUGGGAAAAGUUUCAGUUGGAAAUCUCUCCUGGUAGAACAUCACCGAACUCACACAGGUGAGAAACCGUAUGAGUGUCCUGAUUGUGGGAAAGAUUUCUCUCGGAAAUCUGACCUGGUGAAACACCAGAGGACUCACACAGGAGAGAAACCAUAUGAGUGUUCAGAUUGUGGAAAAGGUUUCAAGGGGAAUUCUAACCUGGUGAUACACCAAAGGAUUCACACAGGUGAAAAACCGUAUGCAUGUCUGCAGUGUGGGAAAAGAUUCAUUCAAAAUUUCCACCUUGUGCGACAUCACAGGAUUCACACAGGAGAGAAACCAUAUAAGUGUCCAAACUGUGGGAAAGGUUUCAGUUGCAAUCCUGACAUGGUGAAACAUCAGAGAACUCACACAGCAGAGAAACCAUAUAAAUGUCAUUGUGGGAAAAGUUUCAGUCAGAAUUCCUACCUGAUGAAACACCAGAGGACUCACACAGGAGAGAAACCAUAUAAAUGUCAUUGUGGGGAAAGUUUCAGUCAGAAUUCCUACCUGAUGAAACAUCAGAGGACUCACACAGGAGAAAAACCAUAUCAGUGUUCAGAUUGUGGUGAAAAAUUCUGCCAUAAUUCCUACUUGGUAAAACACCAGAGGACUCACACUGUAGAGAAACUAUAUGAGUGUCUUGAAUGUGGGAAACGUUUUUCUUGGAAUUCCCAUUUGGUGAUACACCAGAGGACUCACACAGGAGAGAAACCACAUGAGUGUCUGUAUUGUGGGAAAAGGUUCAGUCAGAAUUCCUACUUGAUGAAACACCAGAAAACUCACACUGGAGAAAAACCAUAUCAGUGUUCAGAUUGUGGGAAAAAAUUCUGCCAUAAUUCCUACCUGGUAAAACACCAGAGGACUCACACUGCAGAGAAACCAUAUGAGUGUCUUGAAUGUGGGAAAAGUUUUACUUGGAAUUCUCAUUUGGUGAUACACCAGAGGACUCACACAGGAGAGAAACCACAUGAGUGUCUGCAUUGUGGGAAAAGGUUCAGUCAGAAUUCCAACCUGGUGAUACACCAGAAAACUCACACUGGAGUAAAACCAUAUCAGUGUUCAGAUUGUGGGAAAAAAUUCUACCAUAACUCCUGCCUGGUAAAACACCAGAGGACUCACAUUGUAGAGAAACCAUAUGAGUGUCUUGAAUGUGGGAAACAUUUUACUUGGAAUUCCCAUUUGGUGAUACACCAGAGGACUCACACAGGAGAGAAACCGUAUGAAUGUCCGGAUUGUGGGAAAGAUUUCAGUAGUAGGUCUAGCCUUAUAAAUCAUGUAAAGGUACAUAUAGGGGAGUAACCAUUCAAAUAGCUAGAUUGCAGGCAGUGUUUCACACAAAGUUCCUCCGUUAUCACACAAGAAAUUCCACAUGAGGCAACAUUUCAUAUGUGUAGACUAAUCUUGAAUUUUGUUUGUUGUCUCAUUGGAAAUCCAGCUGAACAAUUAAACAUUUAAUUACUUGCCUGAUUCUCUUUAGGAAACAUCUUAGUAUCAAACACGAGGGAGGAAUAGAAUAGAAUAGAAUAACAAAGUUGAAAGAGACUUUGUAUGUCAUCUAGUCAAACCGCAUGCUCAAAAUCACUGCAGGAUUAGCGGCAUAUUAAGUUAAUAAAUAUAAGCAAACAUCUGGUUCAAAAUGAAGUUUCUGAUGAGCAUGUAUCUCUUCUUAUCCCAGUACUUAGGGAAACAGCUAGAUCUUUUUUGCUUUAGAGAAGACUAGGAGGAUAAAGACCUCCAAAGUUCAGGGGAAAAGUUUUUCAUAGGGCAGGAUCUGCAACGGAAAAGACUCACUUCCUAGCUCCUGUCAGAUGGUGUGGGGGAUGGCUGUCCUGCUCUUCCCAGGGCCGAAACAGUAGCUAGAAGGUGGGUUGAAAUCAGGUCAGAGAAAAAAUUGGGAGCAAGUAGAGCUGCCUGGCUUCCUCCACAUUGUAAAAGCAGAGAAGGAGCUAGGCUGCUUCUAUAUUCUAUAUUCCUUCCCACCUCAGAUUUUAUUCCACCUGCGCUGACUUUAAAACUGGUACUUACAAUUUUCUACGUUGGAAAAAGUCUCCUUUAGCUUAUGAUGGAUUCCUUGGGAUUUUAUGGACAUGUUUUCUUGGCAACAAUAUGGGACAGAUCUGUUACUGGUCUCUAUUGGGAUUUUACUUUAUUUCCAUGUUUAGCUAACAAGCAGUGUAUUUCUACAUAUAAUAAAGGCAGGAUAUAAAUAUU